CCGAUAAUCGAUCUCGGUCUUGAAAUCGAACAAGAGCUUCGAAAGAACGCCGAGUUAGUCGCACACGAGCAAACCAAACUGGUGGAAAAGAUUCGUGACAUUGACUCACAAGUAACUGCCAGCUCUGUAACUAUCGGCGCUGAAAGGCAACGACGCUUCAACAAAGCCGUCGAUAACUUCGGCAAGUUUGACGAGAUUGACGCGCUUAUUCAGCGUUGCGAAAACGACAUCGAGAACAUUCUCACGGAACUCCGCAAACUGACCACUGGUCGCCUUACUGAUAUGCUUGAAUUUAGUUCCUCCGGAGCUAGCCUUUUUGGAUCACCCGUCAACGCAUCCGUCGCUGGAAUGAAUCCCAAUCAAGCGAACAACGCCAUGUCUGGCUCUAGCAUUUUCAGUCAGUUUGCCCGCUCCAACUCCGCCAGCUCGGGAUCGGGCAACUCGAUGUUUAAUCUGCUAAACACUGGGACGGGUACGCUAGGGCCGCCUCCACCCUUAGACAUGAAUGAAUUUCCAUCACUUGGAGGCAGCGGCGGGACAAUUAAUUUCUCUCAGUCGUCAACUGCCGGCCGUCAGCCGUACGUCGGCCUACUGAAGGACAAUGUGGGCGUCGCUCCAACAUCUAAUGAGUUUAGUAUUCAAAGCGAAGACUUUCCGGCUUUGCCUGGUGCACCCUCUGGCUCUGGCCACUCUCAACGGCCCACCUCGCCCACGUCUGCCUCAUUACACGCCGCACUAGCCCACCACUCCUUUGGCGCCGCUGACGUAGUCGUCAACCAGCUGGGAUCGUACUCUACGCAGCAAAUCUCAGCAGCGGCAGGAGUACUAGGGACGUCGUCGUCGGCGUCCAACUCGGCAGGCACCAGCGGCACAAGUGGCUCUAAUGUGAGACCCGAUUCCACCGAGUCCAGUCAGACGCAGUCGUCGGGGACGGGUGGCGGUGCCUCGGGCUCAGGCAACAACUCAGGCUCCGGUGCUUCGGGUGCGGCAGGAGGCGGCAAGAAGACAUCUGGCGUGCAGCUAACGAAAGACGGCCACCUCGCGAACAUUCCGCCAGGCAUGCUUACGGACCAGUACGGCAUGGCAGGCCUGGUGGCACUUCUGGCAAACACUGAAAGCAACCAAAACCUCUUCUCACUGGCCAUUGGCUACGAUAUCUCCUCGAUCAAUCUCAAUCUCAAUUCCAAAGAACGCAUAUAUCAAACAUAUCCUGGACCAUGGAAUGAGAAACAGCUAAAACCCUACGAGAUUGAUUACCCAGUUCCGUCUGAGUACUUGGUUCACCACAAUAUUCGCGACAAGAUCUCGGAGUUCAAGGCCCCCACUUAUGGUGACGAUUUACUCUUCUUCCUCUUUUACUUCUUCGCCGGCGAGCAGAUGCAGGUGUACGCGACGAGAGAGCUGUACAGCCGUGAAUGGAGGUUUCACAAGGACGAAGGCGUCUGGAUCCGCCGAAUGAACAGUCAUAUGGAGAAGAACCCCAGCGGCACCUAUGAGCGAGGGUCGUACAUCUACUUUGAUCCGAUCAACUGGAUGAAGAUGCAAAAGGAGAUGACCGUCGAGUAUGAUCGCCUCGAGUCGCAGCCGAGUGGGUUCCAAUAA